AUGCCUAAACUGCAUUUCCCAUGGUUCUCUUUUAACUUGAAGCUUCCUUCCAAGAGGACUGAGUCGCUAAACUCUAUGGUUAAUGCUAUGACAGGACAGUUGGAACAGCUAUCCGGUGCCGAGUCGAUAUUCAAUCUAGCCAUGGCGGCCACGGGUGGAGGGAAAAUUAGAAGCAGAAGAUGUCAUAGCGCUUCGAAACCUUACGCCAAAAGCAAACAGCAGCAGCCUGGCUUGAUUAGUCGAGUGACAGACACAGUCAAGAGCAUCGUUCCUUCUUGGCUGCAGAAAUACUUCAGGAAUGGGGAGGCUGCAGAGGGGGGAGGGGCCUUAGUGGGGGCGGAGCAGAACAGCCAGGCCCCUCCCCCAAAUGGCAGCGAGGAGGUACCACCCCUUCCUGAUGGACGGGACACUCCGGAGCCCGGUACCAGCAAUACAGAACCUUCGACAAGCAGGGCAUCCCUGAACUUCCAGGAUGUUCUGUCUAGGCCCCCCCUCAACCGCUCUCACCUCCAUUUCCCCUCCUUGGACACCUCCCUGGCCCGCAGGGGCCCCAGCUCUCUUUUCUCCCAGCCCUCCACCUCCUCUGCCCCCUUCGUUGGGGCCUCGCCCAGCUUCUCCCUUGUCAAAGAGAUCAAGGACAACAGCUCACAGCACGAGGACGACAACAUCUCUACCACCAGCGGCUUCUCUUCACGUGCAUCAGACAAAGAUGUACCUAAUUCGAAGACCGCAUCUCUACCCCAGCUCUGGUCCCCGGAGAUGGACCGGACCCACUCUGGGCCUCAGCAGUCCCAGUCCAGUCUCAAGAAGCCUGCGUUCAACCUGUCUGUCUUUGGGACGUCCUCCACUGUGAGUGUCAGUCAGUCAAGUCAGUCCUCCACUUCUACAAUGAACAGUUCAGUGCUGAAUUCCAGUCAGUUGGGGGAUUCCCCCUUCUACCCAGGGAAGACUACCUACGGGGGAGCGGCUGCUGUUAGAACAGCCCGUUCACGCACAGCCAUACCUUACCAGGCUCCAUUGCGGAGACAGAUCAAGGCCAAGCCUGCUGGGGCUCAGCCCUGUGGGGUGACCAGCGCUACCGCCCGACGCAUCCUACAGUCCCUGGAGCGCAUGUCCAGCCCCCUCGCUGAUGCCAAGAGAAUCCCCUCUACAGUUUCCUCUCCCUUAUCAACAUCACUGGAUGGCAGCACUCUACACCUUUCACAUUUUCAGGCCAAAAAGAAACUGCUGGACUCUCCCCUCCCCCCAGUCCAGAAGCUGGUGAUCCCGGCGGCAGCGUCAGUGUCGGGGAACCGUUCCAUGUCCUUCAGGCCCUCUCUGACCCCUGGGGGCCUGGCUCGGACCCCUAGAGACACGCCCACAAGACAAUCCCCUCUGAUUCCUGAAGCAGUGGCAGGUCCUUCUCAAAGCACAAGCAGCAUUCUACCCACCUACCCUCUGUCCAGCACUCCUGCAUUCAGCAGCACAGGGUCAGGAGGUGGGAAGAUGAAGAGGGAGAGGACCAGCACAAGACCCUCUUCCAAACGUCCUGAAGACCAGAUCGCUGAGCUAUCGGACCUGCCAGCCAUCUCGCUCCCCCACAGCCCGUCCUUCAGUCUGCCCAGCUUCAGCUUCUUCCAACCUCCCACCGCCACAGUCACUCCCACUGCCGCUCUCACUACCUCACCUGUCCUGGAGGAGCCCAUCCGUAACAAGGUGCCACCGACUACAGCCCCCUCUACCCCUCCCUCCACACCUUUCACCUUCUCCUCCCCCAUCGUCAUGGCAACUGCUGCUAGCCCACCGUCCUUCUCCCCGUCUUCUGGAUUUACCUUCAGUGCACCUGUAGUGAAAACGGGUCUGUCACUAUCCAACGGGAAGAUGGCCACCCCAGUAUUGGCAGCAGUGAAGCACGCUGCCAGUGAGAGCAUGGAUGAGUUUGAAGGGCCAUUUAAACCAGCCAAGGUGUUGAAACAGGGCAGUGUUCUGGACCUCCUGAAUGGACCUGGAUUUGCCGUUCCUGUUACUCAGACCUCCCCUGUCCCCAAAGCCCACCAGGAGACCCCAGCACUGUCCACCAACACCCCCUCCCUUGGGGACUUGUUCAAAGCGACAACAGGUUCCUGGGAUUGUGACACCUGUGUGGUGCAGAACAAACCCACUGACACCAAGUGUGUGACCUCUGUGACCCCGCGACUAAACUCUGGCUCCUCUUUAGCAAAAACCGACAGUAUACCCUUGUUGUCCGGGCUGGAGGGUUCCACCACCACCACUACUCCCGCUGCAACUUUUGGGGCCUUGUUCACAAAGCCUGCAGGAAGCUGGGACUGUGACACUUGUCUGGUUCAGAACAAGCCUGAUGCUGUCAAAUGUGUGGCCUGUGAGACAACCAAGCCUGGGACUGGAGUUAAGACCACACUGACUAUGCCUGCCUUCUUGGAGGCUAAGACUCUGCCCGCUGCUGCCCCACUCCUGGGCUUUGGAGACAAGUUUAAGAAGCCAGAGGGAGCAUGGGAGUGUG